AUGUCCGGGCCUACCGUCGUUCCACCCCCCCUUUCCCAGGGCGUUGGGUACGGCGUGGUAGUUGGUCUCGGGGCCGCGUUUGCUAUCGGCAUGGUCAUAGCGACUCGUUCGCUGAAGCGGACAUUUGGCGAAGACAACAAAACCACUGAAACUUAUAUGGUUGCCAACCGAAGCGUUGGCACCGGCCUGACCGCAUCGGCCGUCAUAUCUUCCUGGACGUACAGCACGGCACUCUUGGGAUCUCCAUAUCUGACCUAUUGGCAUGGAAUCGCCCUUCCGGUUUGGUGGGCUAACGGCCAGAGCACCAUGAUCUGCGCCUUUGGAUGGCUGGCGAUUGAAGCCAAGCGCAAGGUCCCGAAUGCCCAUACUCUUCUUGAACUCAUCCGCGCUCGCUACGGCACGCUGGCGCACAUCAUCUGGAUUGUCUUGUGUCUGAUCAACAAUCUGCUGAACUUCUCUUCCAUGCUCGUGGGCGCUUCCGCUGCCGUGUCCGCCUUGACCGGCAUGGACAUUACCGCCGCCACAUAUCUCCUUCCGUUGGGAGUGGCCAUAUACACCUACUUCGGUGGGAUCCGCGCAACGUUUCUCACCGACUAUGUCCACACAUUCAUCAUCAUGGUUAUUCUGGUUUGGUUCACCAUCAAAGUGUUGGCCUUGAAGGAGAUCGGCUCCAUCGGAGCGCUGUACGACGCCGUCUUGCCAUUAUCCAAAGCCCAUCCAGUGGCCGGGAACUAUCAUGGCUCCUACCUGACCAUGACGAGCAAGGAAGCCAUCUUCUUUGGCAUCAUCCACAUCGUCACCAAUUUCGGCAUUGGCUUCUCUUCCGAGGUUGCUGCUGCUGUGCCCGGUUACAUCUUGGGAGGCAACGCUUACUUCGCCAUCCCGUUUGCAUUUGGAACUAUCAUGGGUUUGGGAGCACUGGCUCUGGAGCAGACCCCCGCGUUCCCAACAUACCCUAGAAGAAUGACAACAGAGGAGGUCUCUAGCGGACUGGUUCUUCCCUACGUGUCACAAGCCAUUGCCGGCAAAGGAGGUGCGGCAGCCGUACUGCUGAUUGUGUUCAUGUCUUGCACCAGCGUCUCGUCGGCUCAGCUCAUUGCCAUGAGUUCCAUCUUUUCCUUCGAUAUCUAUGGGACGUACAUCAACAAGAAGGCGACCAACGCCCAGAUCAUCAAGUGGUCCCACAUCGGAGUAGUGGUAUCGGCCCUUCUGAACUCGACCUUGGCCACCGCCUUCCACCAGGGUGGCGUGGACCUCAACUGGCUGCUAUAUUUCCUGGGAAUCUUGAUCUGCCCGGGCACGUUUCCUACGGCGUUCGCAUUGGUUUGGAAACGCCAGACCCGAGCCGCGGCGGUGAUAUCGCCACUGAUAGGGAUGGCCUGUGGCCUAGCCGUCUGGAUUGGCACGGCCUACGCCUACUACGGCGAAGCGACCAUCGCGAGCUUGGGCCAGACAUUACCAUGUCUGUUUGGCAAUAUCACCUCCUCGUUCGUCCCGCUGGUCAUCACUCUGGCCAUAAGCUAUAUCUGGCCUGACUCCAACUUCGAGUGGUCAGACCUGCUCUCCAUCAAGCGUGUCGAGGACGACGAACACGGCGAGGUGGCGGCCAAAGCAUCGCAUUUCGACGCAGAAGCCUACUUCAGCCCGGAACGCGUCGCCUUCAUGAAGCGCAUGUCACGCAUCGCCGUCUUCUGGGGCAUUGCCACAUUUGCGGGUCAGGUCGCGCUCUGGCCGUUGCCCAUGUAUGGGGCUCGGUUUGUGUUUUCCAAAAAGCUUUUUAUCGCCUGGGUCGUGGUGUCGCUGAUCUGGCUCUGGGUCGCCCUCUUCAUUGCCAAUUUCUACCCACUGCUCGACGGCGGCCUCAAGAAGAUCUGGUUGGUGUUGAAAGGCGAGAAAGACGCUUCGGCAGUCGACGAGACUCGGUCAGCGGACAUCUCGCCGUCAUCUGAUUCAGUCACUGCAAGCCCGCCGGGUGAAAAGGUCGCGGUCGUGGUCGAACAGAAGACUGCCUGA